AUCCUCCUAUCUUCCAGGUUUGACCAGAGUCAUGGAGCUUCCCAGUAACACCACAGCGUUGGACUUCAUUCUUCUUGGGCUCUUCAGCCACACGCAAGUCCACCUGUUCCUGUUUUCUGUUGUGUUAGUAAUCUUCACGGCCUCCCUGAUGGGGAACGCCCUCAUGAUCCUUCUCAUCUGCAGGGACCCCAGGCUCCACACGCCCAUGUACUUCCUUCUCAGCCAACUCUCCCUGAUGGACAUGAUGCUGGUCUCCACCAUCAUCCCCAAGAUGGCAGCCAACUACUUGAUGAGCAUGAGGUCCAUCUCCCCUGCGGGCUGUGGCUCCCAGAUCUUUCUGUUUCUCACCCUGGCAGGGGGCGAGUGCUUCCUCCUGGCAGCCAUGUCCUAUGACCGCUAUGUGGCUGUAUGUCAGCCCCUGCGCUACCAUGUCCUCAUGAGCUCCAAGCUGUGUGUGCAUCUGACCUUGGGCUCUUGGUUCCUGGGAGCCACUGAUGGGUUGAUGCAAGCGGGCACCAUCUUGAGUUUCCCCUUUUGCCACUCUCGAACCAUCAACCACUUCUUCUGUGAGGCGCCUUCUCUGGUGCGCCUUGCCUGUGCCGACACCAAAGUCUUUGAGUUCUUCAUGUACAUUUGCUGCGUCCUUAUGCUCCUGAUCCCUCUGUGCCUCAUCCUGGUUUCCUACUUCCUCAUCCUGGUUGCAGUACUCCACAUGCGAUCCUCAGCAGCCCGGAAGAAGGCCUUUGCCACCUGCUCUUCGCACCUGGCUGUGGUGGGGCUAUUCUACGGGGCCAUCAUGUUCAUCUACAUGAGACCUAAGUCCCAUCAGCCGGGAGAGCGUGACAAAGUGGUGUCUGCCUUCUACACCAUCUUCACGCCGGUGCUGAACCCCUUCAUUUACAGUGUGAGGAACAAGGAGGUCAAGGGAGCCCUGAGGAAGUGGCUGCAGAAGACAGUGUGAUAAA